AAACAAACAUUAAUCACAAACACUCUACCUUAUCGGCAUUAAUAAAAAAAUUCAAAUUUUCUUGAAAAAUUAAAUGAAACGUCACAUAAAAUCUAUAAAGGAAUGGAUAUAACAGUCGUAAGAAUAUAAAUAACAUAAAAUCAAUUAAUGUGAAGAUGAUUAAUUGAAUAUAAACUUGACGUUUGUAAAGUUUUGUAAAGCGCGCGGGGUGUGGGUUUGUUCGGCGUGUUGUUGCAAUUAUUUUUUUUGUAUUCGGAUGACAGGUUGUUCUAAAGAGUAGGUGAAAAUAUCCCGUUUUUUCCCUCUGAAUUUCCGUUUGGUGUAGCGGUACCGAGCUAUCUGGUUUGUUGUCGCGGUUAACAGUGAUGAGACGGUCCCUUUUUCUUCAUCGAUAAUGUCGACAAGGGGCAAAGGUACCACCAAAAAUGACGAACGGAGCGUUGAGACACUCGCAGAGGUGUUUCGAUGUUUUAUUUGUAUGGAAAAGCUUCGAGACGCUCAUCUCUGUCCGCAUUGCUCCAAACUGUGCUGCUAUGUAUGCAUUCGACGGUGGUUAACUGAACAAAGAUCUCAAUGUCCACAUUGUCGAGCUUCUUUACAUCUACACGAACUUGUGAAUUGUAGAUGGGUUGAAGAAGUCACUCAACAGUUAGAUACUUUGCAAGCUGUUAAUCAUUCUGGGGCUAGAGGUGAAGAAAGCGACAGAGAUAAAUGUAUGACACAUUUUGAAAAAUUAUCAGUAUAUUGUUGGACGUGUCGCUGCUGUAUUUGUCAUCAAUGCGCAUUAUGGGGUGGUACUCAUUCUGGCCAUACUUUUAAACCUUUAGAAGAAGUUUACGAACAACAUGUUACUCAAAUUAAAGAUGAAGUGGCGCAAUUACGUAGAAGAUUAAUGGAAUUGAUUAGCAUAGUGCAAGAAGUGGAAAGGAACGUGGAGUCUGUAAGGUCUGCGAAGGAUGAAAGGGUUCGUGAAAUCCGUAACGCAGUUGAAUUGAUGAUAGCUCGAUUGGAUUCGCAGUUAAAAACGAAAUUAUUAACGUUAAUGGGCCAAAAAGAUUCUCUUACACAAGAAACUGAACAAUUGGAACAUCUAUUACACGAAAUUGAACACCAAUUGCAUACGUGUACUCGUUCUGAAUUAAUUUCAAAAAGCGGGGAAUUAUCAAGAAUGAUUCAUGCAAUCCGAAAGAAACCAAUGACCAGUUUUGUAACUGCACCUGUUCCAGCGGAUUUCCACAGCGAAAUUGUCCCUAGUUAUGAUAGCAGCACAUUUGUUAUGCACUCUUUUUCUCAAUUACAACGAAAAGCUGAUCCGGUUUAUUCCACCCCUUUGCAUUGUAACGGAUUGUGUUGGAGAUUAAAGGUUUAUCCGGAUGGAAAUGGCGUUGUCAGAGGAAAUUAUCUUUCGGUUUUCCUGGAAUUAAGCGCCGGAUAUCCGGAAACCUCUAAAUAUGAAUAUAGGGUGGAAAUGAUUCAUCAAGCGAGUAGAGAUAGUUCCAAAAAUAUUGUCAGGGAGUUUGCUUCCGAUUUUGAAGUUGGCGAAUGUUGGGGAUACAACCGAUUUUUCAGACUUGAUUUGUUAGCUAGUGAAGGAUAUUUAAAUGUGUCUUUGGAUACUUUAGUUUUGCGUUUUCAAGUUCGUGCUCCAACUUUCUAUCAAAGAUGUAGGGAUCAGCAAUGGUACAUUAAUCAAUUACAAGCUUUACAAAAUCAGUAUAUUUCACAAAUAAAUGAAUCAAAAGAGAGAUUAGCUGCAGAAAUCUCUCGAAACGCAGUGGCGGCUUCAAUUGGUGCAACAACAACGCAAUUAGGCGAAACAAGUGCAAUAACUGGCGUAAAAAGCCUUUAUAGCAUGUCAACGGUUAGUUCGCCUCUUCCAAAUGAUGGGAUGGAACUCCGUUCAACAUCGAGUUCGCAUAACGCCACGACCACUCCAAAGAAAAUAAUGGGAAUACCAGCGAAGUAUUUAUUAACCAAAACGAGAUUGUCACCGUCUUCUAGUCCUCGAUCGAGUCAAAAGACUUCGACGGUAGGCGAUAGCCCAAAUUUGCCGAAAUCGUCGGUUGAUAUGAGUUGUAGUAGUGCGUCUUCGGUGUCGUCGAUUCAAACGCAAAUUCCGAAAGCGACGGAAGAGGAUGUUCCGCCAUUGACGAUUUGCGAGAGUGUUCCAGAAACUCCAAGAAUGAUCAGUUUGGGAGUUUCGUUGAGUUCGCCGAAUUUGUUGAAUGUUGCGACGACAGCUAUGACAAUAAGUAGCAGCAGUAGUGAUACAGAUGAUUUAAGCGAACCUGAAAACUUUUUAGACGACGAUCACCAAGAAACGAAUUUAAUUAUGGCUGAAGAAAAUUCAAAUGAUGAAAAUGAUGUCGAUGAUGAAACUAUGUCUGGUGAAAAUGAUGUUGAGUAUGCUGAAUUUUCAAUGGCUCAGGGUAUGUUACUGCGCGAAUCAAGUCCGGCUGUUAGCACAUCAGGAACAUCUUUAACAGCCCGACCUGGAAGUUCUUUUGAAGAAAAAAUAAUGCUCUUGCAUCUGUUUGAUCGUCAAGAUAGGAACAAUGGGAAUAAUAUGGAUACAAAUCCUACUAAUUUUGAACCUAGUCAUAGUUUACUUAAUUUUAAUCCGAGUACAACCUCAAACCUCUCUCUAAUAGACUUAAAUCAACCAGACUGUGAUCUAAAUGCGGGUCUUAUGGAAUCACCAUCAACUCCCGAUGCAUCUAAUGUAAAACUUUUAACGCGAAGUAGAAACUCACCAUCAGUUGCAGGAUGUUCUAACACCCCAGGAAAUUGGUCUGAAACAAUUUCAUUAAACCAAUCAACGAAAGAGUCCGUGAUGGGACCAUUAGAAUCUUUUCUACGUUCAAUUCAAAACUGUUAUCCCGAACAGGACCACCGAAACAGGAAGAUGUCGGCGUCAACAUCCAAAUUCCAGAAAUUGUUCGACCGAAAAUUGGUUAGUCCUCCGCAUCCCAGCAAUUUCCCCAAGCCGCUUCUCAACAUAAAUAACCUCAAUAAGCUGCGGCCUGGGUUGCAAAUAAAUGACAGUGCCAGUGCUUGCGCUUUACCCUCAUCAGCACCAACAUCUUCAAGUGAUCCUGCAUUUGCUACAUCUCCAUUUAGUUGGACCCCUUCACUUCUAACACUCCGCAAACCAAGUAGGGUAAAUAAGCAGAGUCAACAAAGUUCUGGUCAAUUGGGAAAUAGUGAUUUUAAUACACCGGAAAAAGAACAAAAAGAGAAUCAACCUCCACAAGAUGAUCAGGCUGGACCUUCAAAUUAAAAACAAUAUGAAAUAAGUGCUGAUUUAAUGCGUUGCGUUUUCGUUUCAAUAAUUGGUUUAUUUUGGGGGUUGUGUCUCGAUGAAUUCCAGUGUUAAUACUUGUAAAAUGAAAGUUUGAUUUAUUUUGAUGGAAAAGAGAUUAAAUUCCAAAGGAUGGUUCGGUCGCUUCCCUUUAAAUUUUGACUUUUACUUCAAACAUUCCUAUGAACAUUUUAGUUAAUUUAAUGUUAUUUAACGAUGUGUAUAAUUGAUUAGAAAAAAAAAAAUAAUAAAAUGAA